AUGCACCUGCUGCCCAGAGAGCGGGACAAGGUCCUUUUGCAUCAAGUUGGCGCGCUGGCUCAAAAACGCCUGGCGAGGGGGGUGAAGCUGAAUCAGACCGAAGCCACAGCUCUGAUCGCGACUGUACUGCAAGAGAGGAUACGAGAUGGCACUCACAGCGUUGCAGAGCUGAUGCAGCAUGGCAAGACGCUCUUGGGUCGCAACCACGUGCUGCCCGGAGUACCCGAGUUGCUGCACGAGGUCAUGGUGGAGGGAUGCUUCCGCGACGGUACAUUCCUCGUCACUGUUCAUGACCCCAUCUGUACGCCGACCGGCUCGCUCGCCGACGCUCUCUUUGGCACCUUCUUGCCGGUGCCCAAGCAAGCGUUAUUCCAAGAGUAUGCUCCACCCGAUCACGUGCCUGGUGCUUUGGUCGUCCUCGCAGGCGCAGCUCCCAUCGUGCUCUGUCCAGGCAGAGACCGCAUCUCUGUCCGAGUGACGAACACUGGAGACAGGCCAAUCCAAGUCGGCUCACACUACCUCUUCUCGGAGACCAAUCGGGCCCUGAGAUUCCCGCGCCUCAGAGCGGUUGGUUAUCGCUUGGACAUCGCUGCCGGCACAGCUGUGCGCUUUGAACCGGGAGAUGUGCGCACAGUUGGCCUCGUCAGCGUCGCAGGCAGUCGUAAGCUCAGUGGGGGCUGUGGCAUCCUAAAUGGUGAUAUCUCUGCUGUUGCCGACGAUAUUCGGCGUGAUCCCGAGGGCGUGCGCGCUCGCAUCACAAGCUUGGGCUUUCUCGACGCGCCUCCUGAAGAGUAUGCAGCUCUCGAAAGUCAACCUCCGCCCCGCCCGAUGCAGCUCACGCGAGCCGCUUACGCAGCUUUGUAUGGACCAACAAAGGGCGAUCGAGUCAAGCUUGGGGACAGUCCAUUGUGGAUCGAAGUCGAACGAGACAUGUGCAGCUAUGGCGACGAGUGUAAAUUUGGAGGUGGCAAGGUGCUGCGCGACGGGAUGGGCCAAGCCUCGGCUCGGAAAGACGACGAAACGUUGGAUCUAGUCAUCAUCAAUGCGCUGAUCGUCGACUGGUGGGGCAUCAUCAAGGCAGAUGUCGGAAUCAGGGAAGGCGUCAUCGUUGGCAUCGGCAAAGCGGGCAACCCAGAUAUUAUGGACAAUGUGACGGAAGGAAUGACUGUAGGAAGCACUACCGAGGUGAUGGCUGCUGAGAAUCUCAUUCUUACAGCUGGUGCCAUCGAUGCGCAUGUUCACUAUAUUUGUCCGCAGCUCAUUGAAGAAGCGCUGGCGUCCGGUAUCACCACUCUGAUUGGUGGAGGCACUGGCCCGACUUCGGGAAGUUCCGCCACCACUUGCACUCCGGGCAGGGAUCAGCUUCGCGCGAUGCUGCGAGCCACUGACCAAAUGUGCAUGAACUUUGCGUUCACUGGCAAAGGCAACGACAGUCAUCCAGACGGUCUCAGAGAUCAAAUCCGCGCCGGAUGCGCAGGUCUCAAGCUGCACGAGGAUUGGGGCACCACUCCGUCCACAAUCGACUCUUGCUUGACCGUUUGUGAUGAGUUGGAUGUGCAAUGCAACAUACACACAGACACGCUCAAUGAGUCAUCCUACGUCGAAGAUACUAUCGCGGCAUUUAAAAAGCGGGUCAUCCACACCUACCACUCAGAAGGCGCUGGUGGAGGGCACGCUCCCGACAUCAUUCGAGUUUGCGGAGAAUCUAACGUGCUUCCUUCCAGCACGAAUCCAACCAGACCUUACGCCUCUAAUACGCUUGAUGAGCAUCUCGACAUGCUCAUGGUAUGCCAUCACCUGAGUCGAAAUAUCGCCGAAGAUGUUGCAUUUGCGGACAGUCGAAUCCGUGCCGAGACCGUGGCAGCGGAAGACUGCCUGCAGGACUCUGGAGCAAUUUCGAUCAUCUCUUCGGACUCUCAGGCGAUGGGAAGAAUAGGCGAAGUGGUGUCACGCACUUGGCGCACCGCUGCGAAGAUGCGAGAAAUGACUGGUCCGCUCAAGGACAUGACGCAAGGGCAGGAUGCGCCAGAUGAGGACGGCCGCGACAAUCAACGUGUUAAGCGCUACGUGUCCAAGUAUACCAUCAACCCGUAAGUCAUGUCGCUGAUGAUACAUUCACCCAAGUCUGAUGUGCUGAUGCCCCCUGCUCUGCUUUGUCCUACCGGUUGAUAAGUGCCAUCGUGCACGGCAUGUCGCAUCUCGUAGGCUCUGUCGAGGUGGGCAAAGUUGCCGAUUUGGUGCUAUAUCGGCCGGAGAACUUCGGCACAAAGCCCGAGAUCGUACUCAAGGGCGGGCAGAUUGCGUGGGCGCAAAUGGGAGGUGAGUUACCAUCAGAAUUCUGUACGCUCGCCUCGAGUGUCAGGCUGACGGAUAUCGUGGACCGAAACAGAUGCCAACGCCAGCAUUCCAACGGUCCAGCCGAUCUUUGGAAGACCCAUGUUCGGUUGGCAUGCAGGGCAACACAAUUCGAUCGUCUUUGUCAGCAAAGCAUCCAUCGACGAAGGUGAGGACUUGACGGCUUGCUUCAUGUUUCGCUGAUGGAAUUUUGAGGGCCUAACCAAGUCCAUCUUGUGUGUGUGGCUAGGCGCCAUAGCAUCCUACGAUCUCAAGAAACGCGCCGAGGCGGUUCGAAAUUGUCGCAACAUCAGCAAGAGGGACAUGAAGUGGAAUGAUGCGCUGCCCAGGCUUACGGUGGACCCGGAGACGUGAGUACGGGAAAGCGCGAGGAGCGGUAACGCUCCUGCGGGGGAUCGUCCCUAACCGAUGUUUCCCGUGCUCUUCUCUACAGGUACGAUGUGACAGCCGACGGAGAACUUUGCACAAUCGCGGCAUCGACCUCGUUGCCCAUGACACAAGCCCAGCAUCUCUUCUAA